CGGCGCUUUCGACACUAGCGACGCAAGACUCAACCGUUACGGACCUGUCUCCCUCGAACUCACCGACCGACAGAACAGCAAACAAUGUCACCGUCGCACAUUCCCUCUAUCCCCUUUCGCUUCCUGUCGCCGACAACCGACAGCCAAACCUCGACAACCCCCUCCAUUCCCUUUCAAGCUUCGCGUCCGAUCUUCAUAACUUCUUCCUCAGUACCCAAUCCUUCGCCAACAUGUCCGACAGCAUUCUCAAGGGAUUCGUCCCCGCGAUGGAGGCCGCAGUGCACCAACGCAACCCCCACCUGAAGGAGUGGUGGAGGAUCAUCCUAUAUAUCCAAGAGCACAUUGCACAGCCCGGCGACCGAGCCGUCUUAUCGCUCGCCGUGAUCAAGCGACAGAAGGGUCUCGCAUGGGAAGACAGAUAUGACGAGUUUGCGAGACACGCCUACGAGUAUCUCGAGUUCGGGUACCGGAUGGGAGCGUCCGAACAGUUCAUCAAGCGCAUUGCCUGGACCAAGCCAAACAUUCGCCACGAUGCCUUCAAGGACAUGAACAGCCACGAGCUGUCGCUUGCCAGGAGACCCAAGAAGGGCGAGGACGAAGCCGACCAGGCCUACGAUGCCCGCAUGAAGACUGAAGGGGAGUUCUGGGUCCACCAGGAAGUUCUCUUCAGCCACACUUCGAAGAGAAUGCCCAUCGAGACAUUGAGGGAUAUCCCAUGCUACUCAGAUGAUGAGUGUCAUUUCGUCAAGCUGAUGGUGGAGGCAAUUGUCGACAUGGAUGGCGAGAAAGAUGGUAACAUUCACCAGAUCGAUGCAGUCAAGAAGGCAUCAAAGGGUGUCAUCCAGCACCUCGCCUGGGUCCUCAUGCAAGAGGCCAAGCUCGCCCAGGCGGGCAGACCCGGAAUUGCGCCUUUCUGUACCAGUUUCUAUCUCCGGGAGUACGAGUCGUUCUGGGAUCGUUGGGACGAUAUGACGGCACUCUUCAAAGUCUCGAAGGCGGCAGUUGCCAACCUUCUUAUCACGCCGUAUUUCAAGCGCUUCGCGUGCGAUCCCCAUACGGAGCUCCAGAGGAAGGAGGGCAACGCCCACAACAACGAGACCAAGGCCAUGAAGGCCAGAGAUGGGCAGGCGGCGCUUGCUGCCCAGGCCUCUGGCUCGGGAGCUGCUAACCACCACUAG